AUGGAAGGACUUAGCAACAUGAUUCAUAUCGCUAAGGAAAGAGCUUGGAUCAGAGGUUUUCAGGUUGGCUCUUGGGAAACAAACAAUGUGGAAAUAACUCAUCUGCAAUAUGCAGAUGACACUCUAGUCUUUUGUGAAGUAGAGAAGGACCAGAUGUUAUUCCUAAGGGUGAUUUUCAUCAUAUUUGAAGUUGUUUCUGAUUUACACAUCAAUUGGGGAAAGAGCUUCAUUUAUCCUAUAAAUGAAGUGGCAGAUGUGGACAAUUUGGCAGCAAUCUUGGGUGGCAGAGUAGGUGAGCUACCAACCAUAUAUUUAGGCAUGCCUUUGGGAGCCAAAAGCAAGGCUAAAGGGAUCUGGAAUGGGGUAAUUGAAAAGUGUGAGAAGAAGCUUACCCACUGGAAUAGCCAACACCUUUUUUUAGGAGGUAGAUUGACUAUGAUUACUAUUGUGCUUAAUGCACUUCCAACAUAUAUGAUGUCUAUUUUGCCAGCACCAAUCAAUGUGAUAAAGAGGAUAGAUGUCCUGAGAAGAAACUUUCUCUGGCAGGAGAAUGGAAUGAAGACAAGAAAAAAUUUCACUUGGUCAAAUGAGAGGUGGUAA